AUGAACACUAUGAUCAAACACAUUUCUAAACAAUGUGACCAACUUCGUAAUGAUGUAGAUCUUCUAAAAUGUUCAAUUCUAAAGAGACCUUGGGUUAACCCAUUUAAUCAAACAACAACUAAUAAUCCAUUCAUCCAAGAAAUAAACACUAAUCCAUUUAAUCAACCAAUAAACGUUAAUCCGUUUAAUCAACCAAUAAACGUUAAUCCGUUUAAUCAACCAAUAAACACCAAUCCAUUUAAUCAAACAACAACCAAUAAUCCGUUCAUUCAAGAAAAAAUACCUAAUCCCUUCACUCAACCAGUAAGUGUAAAUAACCAAAAACCCCAACCUAGUCCAAAUAACAAUGAUAAACCAGAGCCUAACCAAAACAAUGAUAAACCACAAUACAAUCCUUAUGUACUGUCUACAAUUUCCACAACUGAGCAAUCACUAAAGAGCUUAAACAACUUUAGUAAUUCUGAAUCAAAAACGUCUUCUUUAAACACAACCAAUCUAGGCUUAUUAAAAUUCUCUAAUCCUUUUAGUUCUCGGCUUAACCAAAACACAACUACAAAUUCAUUUUUAUCCUUCUCAUUUGAACCCUCUCAUUUGAAAACAAAUUCAACACCACCCAAUCCUUUUAAAUUUGAAGUUCAAACACCUGCAGACAACUUUGGAUUAGUCCCAAAAUCAGACAAAGAGUCAGUGACAACUUGUUUCACAUCUUUUUUAACAAACACCUCUAAAGAAAAGACAACAACAACCACUUCAAAAAAUUGUUGUGACACUAUUAAAUCAGAAGAAAAGUCUAUUAAGAGUGACAACAAUGAUACUAUUAAAAGUGAUGAUAUUGCUGAUAAAGAACAAAUUCCUGAAAACAAAUGUAUAGAUCCAGAAGAUAAAACAAAAGAGGGUCCCGUUAAAGAAUUUGUUGAAGGUAAUGAAAAUGGAAGUGCUGUUUGUUUACAAGAUGACACUAGAAAGAAAGAAAGUAAGGUGUCUGUCUCAAUAAAAAAUUGA